CUCCUCUCUGCUCUGUCAGUUUCCUUUUUUCGCAGUGUCACAGGCUCCAAACUGAAACGCUACUUUCUGUCCACAGCUCUCCUCCUCUCUGCAGGCUGGAGCUCUAACUGGCCUCAAACUACAGCUGGACUCGGCCUUCCUGUAGUUUUUCUGUGCGUUACUCUGUCUUUAACUCCUCCAUGUCCCACUGACUCACUCUCAGCUCCAGCGGCUCCACCGGCAGGCCUCGCUGUUCGCCGAGGGAGCAUCAGUCCUCACGCCGCGGUAGGGUGGGUCCGACUCGGCCACGGAGGCAGCAUGGGCCCGCUGCACGGUUAGCAUGCUGCUGGUGGUGGUCAAAAAGCUCCAGGAAGGGAUGAAACACGUCGCUGGUGGACUGUUUAGCUUGGAUGUCACCGCUACCGGAGUUUGGCUGUCAGAAUGAACGGCACUCAGCAGAGUGAUACAAAGAGGCAGCACCUCCUGGAGAGGCUGCUGGAUGCUGUCAAACAGUGCCAAAUCCGCUUUGGAGGAAGGAAGGAGAUUGCCACAGACUCGGACAGCAGGGUGAUCUGCCUUUGUGCCCAGUUUGAAGCAGUGCUGCAGCAUGGACUGAGGAAGAGCAGGGGUCUGGCCCUCACUGCUGCUGCCCUGAAACAGGCUGCAGGCUUCAGCAGCAAGACUGAAGCGGAGUUGACUUUCUGGUUCUAUGUGAAGGAGCAUCUGAACCGCCACGAGCUCCAGCGGUUCUACUCCCUACGCCAGAUCUCCUCGGAGCUCGGCCGGGGUCGUGCCUGGCUGCGCUGCGCCCUCAACGAGCACUCGCUGGAGCGCUACCUGCACACACUGCUGGCCGACCGCCCACGUCUGGGAACUUACUAUGAAGACUGGGCUUUUAUUCUUGAUGAAGAGAGAGCAAGUAUGCUCCCCACCAUGGCUGCAGGUUUGAACUCCAUCCUGUUUGCUAUCAACAUUGACAACAGUGACCUGAAUGGUGGGGUGACACGAGGAGGGUCCUCUGUGUCCCACCUGCUCAAGGAGUCCACACAAGGCAUCGGCAGCCUGUGGAAGGAGUCGACUCAGGGGGUCAGCAGCCUGCUGCGAGAGAUCAGCACUGCCACGGCUGUGGUUCCUGGCUUCACCCCUAGAGUGGAUGGAGCCUCAGACCCGCUACCUGUCCUGCCACGCAGCACCUCAGCUGACUCAGGACUGAGGAAAGAGCGCCGGAGGAAAAAGAAGAUCACCAACAUCAUUUCCUUUGAUGAUGAUCUGGACGGUGGAGCUGAAGAUGAGGAGGAGGGGGAGGAGGACUCCCAAAAGAUGGGCGUGAUGAGGAAGAGCCACACCGCUCCCGCUCAGAGCAGUGUGGAGGAAGGGAUAGACCCUUUGGAGCCUGCCUUCUCAGAGUCGCCUGCCCAGAAUGGCCUGGCUGAGCCGGGCAUAGUGAGCUGGGUGGGAUCCCCUCAUCCCUGUCGCACACCUCCCAUUACUACACCUCCUCUGCCUGACAGUAAGAGUAUAGACAACGAGGAAGAGGAGGAAGAAGAGGAGAUGUACAAACCCAGAGCACAAACCCAGGAGGAGGAGAGGAUCCCAUCUGAUCAGGUGGUGGUGGGCAGUCUGUCCAGUGUGUCCACGUGGAGCCCUCUACAGGUCAUGGCUGAACACAGCAGCUCAGAUAUCCUCAUACCCCUGAACCCUGCAGACCCUCAGCCAGUGAGCUCUGUGGAGGACACGGCUGCAUUUCCUGCUCAGUGUGAGUCAACAGGAUCGGUGGGAAACUGCGAGAGCAGCAGAUCACAGCUGGCAUUCAAUAUGGAGUCCAGUCCACCGACGCACUCUGCUCCACUCUCUAAUGUGCUGCCAACAUCUGGUUUGCCAGAGUCCAUGACAGUGGUGGAGCUGCGACAGGCCAUUGUAGCCAUGAUGAACAGGAAGGACGAGCUGGAGGAACAAAACACGUCUCUUCGCAGUCUGCUGGAUGGGGAGAUGGAGCACUCGGCAGGCCUGAGGCAGGAAACUGAUCUGCUGAAGAAGAGGCUGGCAGAGCUGGAGGAGAGACACUCAGCCAAGGUCCAGGCUCUGGCCAGGGAGAAUGAGGUCCUGAAGGUCCAGCUGAAGAAGUAUGUGGGGGCGGUGCAGAUGCUGAAGAGAGAGGGAAGCCAGGGCAAUGACGCUCUGUCGGUGUUGCGGUCAAGUGAAGAACAAGCUCCUGUCCCGCAGAGCAAGUUCAUGGGAGACAUCGAGGAGCUGGCGGCCAGCUACGAACGCAAACUCAUCGAGGUGGCCGAGAUGCACGGUGAGUUGAUAGAGUUUAAUGAGCGCCUGUACCGCUCCCUCAUGGCCAAAGACCACCUCAUUGUCCAGAUGAGGCAGGAACUGAUUGACCUGAGAGGACCGGUUCCAGGUGAUUUAAGCCAGACGUCAGAUGACCCCAGCCUGUCAGAUUUUGAGACGGCUCAUCGCGCUCUCAUCAACGUGUGGAUCCCCUCUGUGUUCCUGCAGGGCAGAGCCGCCAACGCCUACCACGUCUAUCAGGUAUAUAUCCGCAUCCUGGACAAUGAGUGGAAUGUAUACAGACGUUACACUGAGUUCAGAGAGCUCCACAACCAUCUGAGAACCCAGUUUCCACAGGUGGACACCUUCAAUUUCCCACCGAAGAAAGCCAUAGGAAACAAGGAUGCCAAGUUUGUGGAGGAGAGGAGGAAGCAGCUGCAGGGCUACCUUCGCAUGGUCAUGAACAAACUGAUCCAGACUCUGCCAGAGUUCACAGCCCGCCCCACCAAAGAGACCCUGCUGUCUCUGCUGCCUUUCUGUCUCGACACACCCCAGGCCAACGAUGGCGGAACCAAGACGCCGCGCUCCAAAACUUCGUCCCGCUUCCCCAGACUGGGACGCAGCCGCAACCAGGAAGCCAGACCUGAGCCGCAGAGUGGCGACCUUUAACCUCGCUGCUUUUGAACUGAAGAUCUCUGUACUCGCUGAUGCUCCGGCGUCUCUGUUCUGUGACAAGCAGAGCGUGAGGACAUUUAGGGCGUCUAACGGACCUUCAAAGCAGGUAAAAAGCCUCAGUCGAGGAAUCGAGACGGAUGCGUUCACAUUGCAGGCCUCUCUCUAGGAGAAUAUGUAAAUGUUUCUGUGUGAUGCCUGUCUGAGUAAGGGAUAAAAUACUUGCCCGAGGCUGCCUAUCGAUGGACCCGAUCAUACAGCAACUCUUACCUCACUGAGAGACCAGAAGACUCUUAGUAAACUGCACAUGGACUAGCCUGGACUGCUCUCUCUUAUCUCAACACACUGAGAUGAUGGGGACACGUUUUUUUUGUUGUUGUUUUUUUUUAUCUUACUCUGUUCAGUUUUGUAGUGUAUCAUGGUCACAGUGCCUACAGUGUUUUGUAGCUGCUUUCCUGCUCUGGUUUGGGUGAGAGGAGUACGCAGAGGUGAAGAGAGGGUAAAUUAAAGUCUUCUCUUGGGGAAUGAAGAUUGUUUUUCAGCUAAUAUGUCAACAUUAUGGUGCCAUUACGUUUUUUCACAACAGUGAUUCACAAUCAGGGGCGUGGAACACCAGGCAACGGGCAUUCCUUUUUUUCCCUACUUCUGUUAUAAUAUUAUUAUGACUUUUAUGAAUAAUUUGCAGUACAUGUAACAUAUCUUAAUGCCACCAGGGAUGCAGUGCGUCUUAAAUUCCACAUAAUAGUCAAAUUAAAAGAUUAGGGUUACACAUCAUUAAUAAAACCAAAUGUCUUAGGGUUAGUGCAAAAAUGUGUUAUUCAUCUUUUCUUGAAAGGAACAAAUUGCAGUACAACCUUAUUAUUAGAAAAUGUUGUAGAGUCUGCGCAACUCAUUUGUCCAUUAUUAGCCACAAGAAAUAACAGUUUUCACAGUAGAAACAGAUGUGUGCAUUUGAAGUGGGAUCAGAAAUGAUAAAAUUUAUGGCAAAACAACAAAAUCAGACACAUUCCAUCCUCUUUACAUUUUGGAAUAAAAAUAUACAGAGUUCAAGGCGAAACUUCCGUCAUAUUAUACACUCACCAGCCAAUUCAUUAGGUACAAAAUUCUAUUCUUUUGAAGCUUCUGUAUUUUCAAUUAUCCACAAUAGGGAGAAUUUUAAAUACAAUGUCGUCUAGUCCACCACCACCCACUAUGACCUCCAUAAUGAAGUAGAAUCAUCACCUGUUUGACAACAUCAACAGAAGCUCAAAAAUGUAGACGCUUAGGAAGUGUAAAUUCAUGGUAGAGCUGUGUGUAAAGAUGGACAAACCCUUCAUGAUUUCCCCCCCGAGGUGAUAUCAUACUCCACCACACUUCUUAAACUUACUGCAGUGGCCAUCUUGACAGUGUCUGCCUCAUUUUAACUCUCAGCUAAUCUAACAAAAAGCAAAGAAGUUGUGUGUGAGUGGAGCUGAGGAGGGCCAUGUGAACAUCUCAGGCUCCAGGACUGUCAUUUCACAGCACCCACCUGCCAGACCCUUCAUUAUGUAUUACUUUAAGCCUUAAAAAGAUGAGUUAUAUAAAAAAUUACCCCCUCCACCUUUGUCGUGAUCAAGUAAAUUAACUAUAGACACCAAAACCAUUUUUUUGUACCAGGUUGUAAACGUGGAUUUCAGCUGUAAAGUUGAGCACGUUGACAUGGGAAUCUAUAAGAAGUGACUCAGUUUUGCAGCCAGCCUCAAGUGACCAUUCACGGAAUUGCAGUUUAUGGCACUUCUGGAUUGCAUUCAUUUUUCAAACCAAGCAGUCACCACUUAGUUGGACUGCAUUUCACAAGUGUACCUAAUGAAGUGGCUGGUGAGUGUUUAAAUUUCAGUUUUAGUGCAUAUUAAAAUGACAAGUUAAACUGACUGUAUGAGACCAUUGAACAUUUAAUCAAUAAUAUCAAUAGAAAUCCACAUGUAGUACAGUGUUAGUUGACUGUAAUGGGAAAAAUUAACUCCUAAAACAGGCGUCAUUUUCAACUGUUUGAUUUUUGUUUUUUUAAUUAAGAUUAAAAGUGAUGAUGAAAUAUGAAAAAAAAAACUUGGAUGAGUAAAAAUGAAAAGAUCUUUAGUGUUUCCCCCAAAAAGACACAUACACGCCCUUGACAAAAAAGAAAAAAAUAAUAUAAGGCUCUGUUUUUUUCUCCCUUAAUGGUAUUUUGACAUCCCUCAUUGAGAAAGGUCAUAAAUAAGCAUCCAUUCUUGUAUCCUCUCAAAAAUAUCUUUACACAUAUUUAACUGAGUUCAGUUUUUGAUAUCUGCUUUGAUGUAUGUGAUAAAUUUGUGUCAAAUAUUUUUGAGAACAACGGAAGGGAAGUACAGUGUUACAAUGAAAACAGAUGAGUAAGCUGUGUUUUGGACGGUUAACGUCACAUAAAUAUGAGUCUUCAUCAAAGGUCGCCUGGCUGCUCUGCAAAAUCCCUUGUUUAAUGAUUGUUUAGCUCAUGUGUCUUAGCGGGAUUUAAUGCAGCGCUAUGUUGCAAACGAAUGUUUUAAAAAUGACUAAACACUUGAAGAAAAGCUGCUUGUUAGAGGUGUGAGGAAAGGACUGCUGAGCAUCAAGUGUGUGUAAAACAGAAGCUCAUGCAUAUGUAUGGGUCACCCAAGAGUAGUCAGAGACGAUGUUCAAAUGAGGAGUGAUUGUGUUAAAAGGGCUUUGGAAAACUUGAAUCAAAGGGUCGGCUGGCAAAGUGGUAAACAGUGUUGGCUGUCGUUGAUGGGAGCUGAACAAACAAGGCUUGUGGGUUUUAAUUAAGUUGUUGUUCUUACGCAGAAAUGACCCUCGCAAGGAUCCAGCCGCUGGAAAACACUGCACAAUGCCAUCAGGAAACUCUCACAAAGAUGCGGGGAAGUAGGGGUUUUUAUCAGACUUCCCCGAGAUCCUUUACAGAAAGAUUCCAUCUGUGAGUUACGUGUUUUGAGCUGGCAAAUAAAACAUCAAGAAAAGGAUAUAGUAUCAAAACUUUUUGAAGAACAUAUUUGUUAAAUUGAUACCUUUUCAGACAGAUGGCACUGCUGCGGCCUCCUUUCUAGAACUGUAAACUAAACAUGAAUUUGUAUCCUUUCUUUUAUUGAAUGCUAUUCUUUGCUGUGAUGCAGUGAAACUGUGGAAUUGGUGGUGUUUUAGGUGUAGUACUGCCUUAUAUGCAUUAGAAAAAUCAGCCCAGAGGAUCAUACUGCUGUAUAAUCUCUAUAUUAUAACAACAAACAAGUAGCCUUUUAAUAGAGAACUCUUUUACAGUUAAAAAUGUGGGAUGAGUCUGUCUCUAGGAUUACUGGUGGGUUUUAUUUCUCAGCACAAAUCCUCCAUACUAUAUGUUUGUAUGUAAAUGUACAGUAACUGAACAGGAUCAUUCCUAGAAAGCUGUCUUUAAAGGAGCACUCCACUGAUUUAAGCGUCGCACUCCUGUGAUGUCAGCCAUGCAUCCAUAUUUUUGUGCACAUUUUGAAAUAUUGCAUUGCAAGAAUUUAAUGGAAGCAGCAAAAAAUCAAAAACUUCCACAAUUUAAAAAAAAAAUGGCUCAUUUGAAAUGUUUUUUUGGAGUUUUUUAGUAAAACUUAAUGCACAUGCAAGACAGAUGCAGCUUUUUUGAAUAAGUUCUAAUGUAGCAAACCUUUAUUUCACAUGACUGAUCAGUCUGCUUCUUAGUAGCUGAUAUGACAGAAUAAAUACCUGAAUUUUCUUUAGGAUCUUUGUCCAGGUUUUUUGGCAGCUUCUACUUCCAACUUCUUCUUCUACUCUGUUUAUCACAUCUAUGUAGCCUAUACUGCCACCUUCUAAAGGCUUUCUGUAACCAAGUUUUUUGCUCCGAAGCAGUUAAUGGGAACAAGCCAUUAUUUUUUUUAAUGUUUUUGCGGGAGAUUUCAAAAUUUAAAUCCUCCUAACAGUUAUAUGGAAACACAGCUAUUAUCAGUCAUGGUGCAGCUUGGUGCCUACAUUACCCACAAUGCAACUCACCCACUGACAUUUGGAGAUUUAGGUGUGUUUUGCUAGUAGUGGCUAAUGUAGCCUCAUGCAGAGAUGAGCAGCAGCUCCUCACUUCUUUCUAAUCCCACACACUCAGAUGUUUCUCUUCUUCAGCCCCACCUGACUCAAGCGACAUGACUGGAUGUGUUCUCAUUUUGUGAAGCUCACUCUGUAGCCACAAAAGCGUUUGUACAACGUUUUUCAUUUUUUCAUGUCUGCAGUUUCAAGAUCUGACUUUGAUGUGUCGCAUCGGUGGAGUUCCCCCUGAAGGCAACUCAGUGGCUUCCUGUGGAGUUUCUGACCACUAGUAACUCUAUGGAGCAGUUUUUAUAUUUGUGGGUCCACAUUUUGAUCGUGUGAUUAUUUGUGGUUCUGUUCCUUGAUAGCAAACAUGGGUGUACGCAGUGAAAUAUUACAAAAUCAGCAUCACACUUAUUUUACAGAAGGACAUGCACUCAUCAUAUUUGUUAAACCUGUUUGAUUUGGUGACUAAACUUUAGAUUCCAGGAAAGGCAAGUUUAAACCUGAAACUUGGGUGUCGCCCAGCAGGGACUUCUUUGAUUGGAAGUAUGUUCAUUCAAAGCAUCUCAGGUUCUGUUCAGACUGCACAAUACAAGCUGUUUAUUGACAAUAAGUGAAAAAACAGAGGCAAGUGCUUCUCAGAGAGGUUCCUGGUGGACACACACCUGCUCUCCUCUGUUUUGGUGAGUAGAUGUCAUGAUGUGGUCACAGACGCCUUUCAAAUGGUUCCAUCUCCUCCUCACAGUAUCCUCCAGGUAGCCCGAGAGACGACGAACAAAGGAGGUGAGAUUGGCUGAAACUGUUCCCUUACCUUGCCUGUUCUUGUGUACUUUUCUGUCCUUGCCUUAGUCAGCAGUCAGGCCUUAUCUAUCAGUGUCACAGCAAGAGGGGGGUGAACAAUAAAGUAUGAUGUGUACAGAACCUACA